GAGAAGGAGAUUUGGAUAUCUCUUGCGUGCAGAUUGAGUGUGAAGGUGGUUAAGUUCAGCUGCUUUACUUUCCCUCUCAGCUCUGCUUCCUUUUGGAAGGAUUGGCUUUCAGGUGUAACUUCUUUUCCACAGUGGUUGUUUUCCACAAUGCAUGGAAAACAGGAGAAGUAGAAAGCUACCCUUUUGCUUUAGUAUUCUGUUUUCCCUGCCACGUUUAAAUGCUCACAGAAACUGAAGAAAUGAAAAGCAGCAUUCCAGUUAAAAUAGGCCAAGGGUAUUGCUGUUCAGAGCUUUCUGGUUCUGCAGGCUAACUGGGAGUCCGAGUGUAAGUCUGUUCCAGUUAGAUUUUUUUCAUGUUUACAUGUAGGUGGACAAUAGAUCCUCUUGAGGCAGCCUAGAUGUGUUUUUAAGCAGUUAUUGUGGAAUGUCUCAUUUAUUUCUUUGUGUAAGAGUUGUUGGAGUCUCUUGGCAUGGGGAGACAUUGAAAUUUGGGUUCUGUAUUAGUAGAAUUCCAGUAACAAACCUGGAAAAUGGAUUUUUCCAUUAAUUCCUAGUGUGAUCACCUUAUUCUCUACUACAUACUUCUUUAGGUGAGAGGUAGACUGUGGUGUCUGAGCUAUGUGGAACAAAAUAGGCAUCAAAGGUAGCUGGUACAUAAAUAUUGCAUCCUUUGCUUUCACAGAGCACAGCUCUACCAGAAAAAUUUCCUCCCGUUGGAGCAAAUGGUAAAAGUGACACCAGUCCCUAUUUUUGAGUCAAGAGCAUACAUACCUCUCUCCGAUAGCAGUGCAGGGAGUGUGAUGUAACAAGUCCAGAUGAAAACUGUACAUCUCACAGCUUUUGCUAGGAGGAUGAUAACAGAGGUGACUCUUCCGAAGCAGAGAAAGGUACUAACAAGGACAGUAGGGUUACAUGAUGGUGGCUGCAGGUUUUUACUUGCGUUUUUCUACUGUUCUGUUCUUGCUGCUGGUGGUCAUUCUUACCCAUUGCUUGGGUUCGAAAUGCAAAGAACAUGAAUAUUCCUUUGGUACAAAAUGCUGCAAGGACUGUGCACCUGGUGAAAGAAUGAGAAGCCGCUGCACAGCAAAAGCAGACACAGUUUGUGCCCCCUGUCAAGACAAUUACUUUAGCACUGAGUACAAUCACAACUUCUGCAAGAGUUGUACAGUCUGCGACACUAAGAAGGGAAGCGUGGAAGUGAAGAAGUGUGAGAAGACCUCUGACAGAAUUUGCAAGUGUAUUCCUGGUUACAUGCCAGAUACCAGAUACACACUGGGAAGUGUGUGCUUACUGUGUCCUGAAGGGUUUUAUUCCACAGGAGGAAAUGAAAGCUGUCGGCCUUGGACCAACUGCAGUUCUAUUGGGAAAAAGACUCUUCAAGCAGGGACAAGAUCAGAUAAUGCUGUUUGCAGCGACAAUGUGACACAGCCAGCUACCUCUGAAAGUGCAACACCUACUUUGCAUCUUUCCACCAACUACUACAGGAAUAAUACAUCGACUGCAGUGCCUUCACCCUCCAAACCCAGUGUGAACCCUUUUGUUGUUAGCCCGGAUGCGAGCAGCCCUACAGGCACUAACUGGGGGUCUCUAUCACUUAUCCUGAUUUGUCUGAUACUGCUUGUGGUGUCUGGAAUAUCCAUUUUCAUGCUGAUUAUCCAAGCAGCCAAAAGAGAGAACAAGAGGAGGCCUUGCAGGAACGACCAUCAAAAAAGGAGCUUUCGAAUUCCUAUCCAGGAAGAACAAGUUGACUCCAAUUCCAGUCUCAUAAAAAACUGACUCCACAUCACUUUACUGCAUCCUGCCUUUCUGAGCCAAUCGAUUGUAACAAUGAGUGUGACAGAACUUUCAGUUGCUCUGCGUGUGGGUGUUUGUUAACUGUUGAAUUGUACUUCAGUUCUUUUGGGUCUUACUGAGUGGCCCUUACGCAUCGUAGCUGUUCUUAGUGAAUCGUGAAUCCUUUUCCUUAGAUAGAUCCUAUGUGCAGCAUUGCUGGUGCCAAGCCUGAGUUUAUACAGUCCUUUGUGCAUUUCUAACCAAUUAUAUAUGUAAUGGAAGCCAGUUCUCUUUGGAAAGCAGGAAGUCUUUAUGAAGCAGUAAGAGAUAAUCAUUGAGCAGACUGACAAAUGGAGAAUCCAAAGACCUGCUUUAAUAACGAGACUUCUCUCUUGUCCUGCAACUUUGAGAUGCUAAGCAGAGCACAUCUCAGUGCAGCUCUUUUGAGUGUUUCAGGCUAACUCCUAAUGGAGUUCUUUGCCUUUUAGGUGGAGAAUUUCCACAAAUGCGCUUCCCCUUUUUUGGCUUUUUUGCUUCUCACUCAUAAUGAGUGGUAUAUGUCGUCAUCAUACGUCUCCAGAGGCAGUUGUCAUAGCUGCUAUUUCUGGUGGUGGUUUUUAAGUGACUGUAGAGAAAUGGCUAUUUAGUGCCACUUCUUUCCUUUCUGCCUGUCUUGGAGGCAGACCUGUUGUCAUGUUAAGUAUUGAGCAGUAUCCCCAUAGGCCAACAAAUAGAAUUAUUCAUGACUUGAAUAUAGCUCUGGAUCUCCAAGUGUUCAGAACAUCUAUGGAGAUCCUCAUGUGUAUCAAAAGUAGAAUCUGUGUGUUCGCUGCCAGAAGGCAAAGGGAAUGGUAUCUUCUUUUAGAAUGUUAUUAAUGGAAACUUUAGUUCAGAGGAGGGGGAAAGGCAAGAUACAGCUUGUCUGUGCUGCAGACUUUGGAGGUUGCUGUGAAUAACUCAUGUUCUGUCUAUAAACUCCGUGCAGUCAGCAUGCUUUGUUUCCUCUUUGCGGCUGUUCUGCUGUGCUGAACACCCUGGUGUGGCUGUCCCCUGCAAGGCUGCUUCAGUCAAGCUUGGACUUCUCUGCGGUAAAAUAGCUUAAACUGCUUUUGUGGGAUAUGAUUGCUUGCUUUGAAGUAAUGUGGAUGCAGGGAGAAACCAAGGAGCAAGCUUGGUUCCAGACAGCAGUUUGGAUUUGGAGAAAACCUUUUUGUAUCUUAGAUUUUAGUAGAUGUACAUGGACAUGUACAUGAUGUACCAGAGCUGCUGGUGAAUGAUAACUUAGUGAUCGUAACUCCCUGGAUGUUCACUUCUUGAUGAGAAGAGCUGAACACUUAACUGCGCUGUCCAGAUGGACCUACAAGGGUUGCAUUGUAGCAAAGGUGUAUGAAGAUCAUGUAGCAGUGGAUAGAUGCAUAAACCAUGCUUUGACUGCUCGUAUGGAUGCUCACCUUGAAUGUGCUGUCAGUGGAACCUCCAUUCAGGACUGAAGAAAUGUUCUUCACGUGGCCUGUGUGCAGUUGAAGCAGGCCUGGCUGUUUGCCUGCAAUCCUGUAUGACAUGAAUUUUACUUCUGUUGUGGUUUUUUUCUUCACAAGUAAAUCAGAAUCUGUCUUGAGGGAGAGCAUUUUAGAUAGCACAUUGAAAUUGUAAUGCCUGAGAGAAAACUGAAACGUUACUGUGGAUAGCUUUUGUUGUAAUUUAAAUACCUCAGUGUAAAAGUUUAAGUGAACUUGAGAUUUAUGUAAUUCAGAUGUAUUUUUCACUUCAAAUACUCCUUAGUAGGUAACUUGUUAGAUGUAAUAGGUAUUUUACAUACACAGUAUUAAAGCAUAUGCCAAAGUAUGCAGAAGGAAAUGUAUUCAAGAAUACAACUGUUGGUUGACAAUCAUGUUUUUGAACAUAGAUUUUGUUAUAUGUUAUACAUAUGGUGUACUUAAUGGGUUCCUAUUUUGAAGUGCAUAUACAAUGUAUGUAAACAUUUGUAUUAUAUACGAAGUAUAGUAGUGACUUUUCCAAAUAAACUGUUGCAGUGGCUAGGUGCACAUGUA